GACCUUCUGUUUUACACGUGACACGUGACUGUCAUUUAGUAAUACUGGCGCUACCUAUAUCCCUAGGACUUAAUUGUCAAGUACAAGAUAUUAUAAAAAGCCCAAGUAAGCAGAAAUAUUAUAAAUAAGAGGCGAUUGUAUUCGCUGGAGCAAAAUGUUUCGUAGCUCGAUUAACUUUGACAAAUUAUUAGAUAAAGCAACGAGUAAUUUUCAGCUUGAACCUGACUGGGUUGCGAUUCUUCAACUAUGCGAUUUAAUACGUCAGGGCGAUGUACAACCUAAAGCAGCACUUGCAGCAAUAAAAAAGAAAGUUACAAAUACUAAUCCACAUGUAGCUUUGUAUGCUUUAUUGGUAUUAGAAUCUUGUGUCAAAAAUUGUGGUACAUUAAUACACGAUGAAAUUGGUACAAAACAAUAUAUGGAACAACUUAAAGAGCUAGUAAAGACAACAACUCAUGAAAAUGUCAAAUUUAAAACCUUAGAAUUGAUUCAAGCCUGGGCACAUGCAUUUCGAAAUAGUCCUAAAUAUAGAGCAGUACAAGAUACGCUUAAUAUCAUGAAAGCCGAAGGAUAUAAAUUUCCUGCUUUAAAAGAAAGCGAUGCCAUGUUUAUUGCAUACAAUGCCCCAGUGUGGGCAGAUGAUGAUGUAUGUCAUCGUUGCCGCGUGACAUUUGGAGUAGUGCAAAGAAAACAUCACUGUAGAGCUUGUGGUAAAGUGUUUUGCAGUCAGUGUUCAAGCAAAGUAUCCACUUUACCUAAGUUUGGAAUUGAAAAGAAAGUGCGAGUUUGCGAAGCAUGUUAUGCCCAAGUUAAUAAGCCGUCAACGCUACAAACUAAAGAAGUAGAUUUACCCGCUGAAUAUCUCAACAGUUCAUUGGCUCAACAACAACAAGUGCCGCCUAGAAAAACAGCAGCAGAACUCCAAGAAGAAGAAGAGUUAAAUCUUGCUAUUGCUUUAAGUCAAAGCGAAGCAGAACAAAAAGAAAAAGAAAAGAAACGAGCCACUAGGGCUCUAAAGUCAAAUACAACCACUGUCAAUAGGACAACGUAUUCCCCGCCACCAUCGCCAGGUCCUAGUCCAUCGAAGUUACAAGAAGAAGAAGAGAUUGAACCUGAACUCGCGAAAUAUUUAAAUCGCAAAUAUUGGGAACAAAGACAAACCGUAAUAGAAGAGCAUGGUUCUAGAGCAGAUGUUACCAGCCCUUCUGCUCCUAAUAUUAGUAGUCCUAUGCCACAAAAGAUUAUAAUCGCGAAGCAACAAAAUGGAGAAGUUGACAGCCAAAUGGAAGAAUUUGUAAACGCAUUGCGUUCUCAAGUCGAGAUAUUUGUUAACAGAAUGAAGAGCAAUUCAUCGCGGGGCAGAUCGAUCGCUAACGAUAGUUCUGUCCAAACAUUAUUUUUAAAUAUCACUGCUAUGCAUUCAAGACUAUUGAAAUAUAUUCAGGAACAAGAUGAUAGUAGGGUAUAUUAUGAAGGUCUUCAAGAUAAAUUGACGCAAAUGAAAGAUGCUAGAGCUGCGUUGGAUGCUUUACGGGAGGAACAUAGAGAAAAAUUAAGACGACAAGCGGAAGAAGCCGAGAGAAAGAAACAAAUGUUGAUGGCUCAAAAGUUGGCAAUCAUGAGAAAAAAGAAACAAGAAUAUUUGCAAUACCAACGUCAGCUUGCUUUGCAGAAAAUUCAGGAACAAGAGAGGGAAAUGCAAAUGAGACAGGAGCAACAAAAGCAACAGUACAUAAUGGGCGGUUAUCAAGCUGUUUCUGGCUUUAUUGGUCCAUCUCAAGGUUCGCCCGUUCGUCACGUCCAAUAUCAAGGACCUGGAUCUAAUUAUAAUCCUAUGUCUCCAACGAAUCAAGGAUACAUAUACGGACAGCCACCUGUGAAACAGUAUCCUUUGCAAGGUUACAAUAUGCCACCAAUGAAUGCAAUGCCGCCGCAUAUGAUGGGGCCAUUACCUAAUCAAGAGCAACAACCAACCGAUCCAUCUGUUCAAGGACAUGAAGCUAUGGGUCGAGUUACUGUUUCUGGCCCCGGAAUAAUGCCUCAAAUGACAAAUCCCAUACCGCAACUACAACAGACAGGCGGACAUCAGAUGGGACCACCGCCACCACAGCAAGGUCCGCCAAGUCAUAUGGCACAAACGCAACCUGCAUCGGUGCAUAUGCCACCGCAGCAGGGUGUUCCACCGCAAAUGCCUCAGUCAGGACCACCGAGUCAAAUGGGUAUUCCUCAAGUACCUCAGAGUCACAUGGGUCCUCUACCUGCACAAGUUGGGCCUGGUGUGCAUGGUCCCUCGGGUCAAGUUGUUGGCCUUCCACCUCAGAUGGGACCACAGCAACCAUCUUCAUUGUCAGGUUCUCAGGGACCUCCGAUGCAGCCUCACGUUUCGAACACUCCUAUUGCGUCUCAAGGAUCAGGAAGCCAUCAAGUACCUUCGAGGACUACAGUUGGACCAAUUAUGGCAUCGAAUCAGACAAUGCAAGGUCCUCAAGGGCCUGGUAUAACAACGAUGCAAGACAUGCCUCAAAUCCCAGUAUCUCAGGGACAACAGUUACAAUUCCAAUCAACAACGCCUCUGCCGCCUGCAUCGAACGAAUCCGUACAAUCGAAAGGGGACAAGAAACCUGAAACGGCAGAGCUAAUUUCCUUUGAUUGAAAGAAUCGUAUGCGAAAAAACAUUUAUAGAAGUGCAUUUAAGGUAACCACCAGUUUAAUAUAAAUUUCGAUUUUAAAUUGACACUAUUUUAAAUUACUCAUAGAACUUGUUCUGCUCUUCAUCGGAUUGACGCAAGUUUAUUUUUUAAGUUAUCCAUA